GUUUGUAUCAUCUUCAACAGAUCAAGUCAGAACUUCCGACGUAGCCUGGAGUGAUCCAGAGAACUUGUUAGACGUUAGUCUGAUUAUAGAAUGAUCACAAUAGGCUUACCCUGAGGCCAGAAUCUUGUCCUCAUCAGCAAAUUUUAAAACUUUUAGCGGUAUACCGUCUGCAAAAAUAGUCAAAGCUCAUGGAUACCGCCAACUUGAUCGGAAUAUGUGGUUUAACAGCACCGGUAAUAAUUUUGGCGUGGAAUAUCGGUGUUGCAUGCGCACGCAGGGGCAAAAAACCAACGCGGGAAUCAUUUGUAACAGGAAAAGGACGUCACAAUAAUGUUUAUUCACUUGAACAACCGGAAGUUAUCGUUAUUGGGUCGGGAGUUGUUGGAUCUGCGGUUGCGACUGCGUUGGCUCGCGACGGCCGGUUUGUAACGGUUAUCGAACGGGAUUUAAAUGAGCCGGACAGAAUCGUUGGUGAACUUUUACAACCUGGCGGAGUGCGCGCUUUGCAUCAGUUGGGAUUGUCCAAUUGUGUAGAAAACAUUGACGCGCAAAUAGUAAACGGAUAUGUGGUGCACGAUCUGGAAACCGGAGCCCACGUGGAGAUACCCUAUCCGACAUUUGGCAGCCAGAAGCAACAAGGAAGGUCAUUUCAUCACGGGCGGUUUGUCCAAAAUCUGCGCGGAUUAGCUCAGGACGAGCCUAGAAUUCGAAUGAUCGAAGCGAAUGUCGUUAACCUGUUGGAAUCCGAGGAUUCUGAUCGCAUUACUGGAGUCGAAUACAAACUGCGCGAUUCUGAGCAGACAUCCCGUUUAACUGCUCCACUGACCAUCGUGUGCGAUGGACAUUUUUCUCGAUUUCGGCAGAAGCUGGUACGCGAAAAUGUCCAGGUGUCCUCACAUUUUGUGGGGCUGCUGAUGGAGAAAUGUCCCCAGUACUUGCCUUUACACGCUGAACUGGUUCUCGGUAAUCCAUCACCGGUUCUAAUCUACUGCAUAUCUGAACAACACACCAGAGUGCUGGUCGACGUUCAAGGCAAACUACCCAAAAAUAUGCCGGACUUUAUGGUAUCGGAAAUCGCACCGCAGUUGCCUGACCACAUUCGGCAGCCGUUUCUGGAUGCUGUAUCAAGCGGUACUCGCAUUCGCAGCAUGCCUUCAUCAUUUCUCCCGCCGCGACCGCAUUAUCGUCUCGGUGCGAUUAUUCUAGGCGAUGCGUAUAACAUGCGACAUCCGCUGACAGGAGGCGGGAUGUCCGUUGGACUGCACGAUGUGAUCCUGUGGCGGAACGCUCUGCGGAAUGUAGCGGACUGCGCCGAUGUCUACGCCGUUCGUAAAGCUCAGACUCUCUUUCACCGGCAGCGGAAGAACAAUCACGCCUUUGUCGUCAACGUACUAGCGCAAGCGUUGUACGCACUGUUUUCAGCUAGCGAUAGAUACCUACACAGUUUGAGGAAAGCCUGCUUCGAAUACUUCAAACUUGGCGGGGAAUGUGUCGCCGGUCCUGUUGGAUUAUUAUCAGUUCUCAACCCAAGUCCUUGGAAGCUACUAGGACACUUCUUUGCUGUGGCCUUUUAUGCCGUAUAUUGCAAUUACCGGGACAUUCGAUCUUUUCGCUCCUUGCGAAGGUUUAUGUUGUACCCCUUAGGAAUCGUGUCCAAAGCAUGUUCUGUUAUUUUUCCACUGAUUUGGUCAGAAAUCAAAACAAUUGUUGUCUACUAAAACUUUCGGAUGCUGGAUUUCACUUCUUGUCUACAAAAAUUUUCGGUUGCAGGAUUUGCAGCCUAUACGGCUUUCGAUUAGCAUACGGUUACAUUCAAGUUGAGUGGCGCAACUUUUCUUGACUUAUAUGCUGCGAUUUGCGACGUUUUUUUUUAAUUUGCCGUAGUUGCCGAUAUUUAAGUCAAAAAUACUUCGUACCUCA